AUGGAGUCCCACGCCCAAACGGCGGAGUCGUCUCACAAACGGCCUCGGUCCCCCACCGCCGAUAAUGGCAUGUCAUCGAAAGUCCCCAAAACACACUCGAACCACUUACAAAUAAACUAUCUCGCACGGCAAUACCCUGACAACCUACCGCUCGUUUCCGUUGAUGAUACUAUGCCCGCGAUCGUCCAUCUGCUUGGCGAAUACGAUGGCGUUCUACACCGCCACGAAAGCAUCGCUGGCAAUCUAGGCGCAUGCCCACUCGGUCCGAUCUUGAUCAAGCGCUUCGAGCGCCUGUUCGAUGGACCGCCGCAAGUGUUGAAAUCACAUGGCAAAGACGGGCCCACGGUGACUUGGCUCGAUGUGGUCGAAUUCGCGAAGAAUAAACCCGAGCAGUUCAAUCUAGAGAAGUCGCGCAACGGUGUGCGAGUCUGCCAGUUCUAUACCAAACAGUGUCGCGUAGAAAUCAGUGAGGAGGAUUUCGUUUUGAUUGCUUCCGGCAUGCCACAGAAGAUGAUCCCGCCCCAACCUAUUAUCGAGGAUGAGGAAAAGGAGCUGGGUGCGCUAGAAAUCCUAGAGAAGAACUUGCAUCAUAUAACUCAAAUGGCCGAUCAAGUCUCUGCUCGAGCGAGACAGCUUAACCAUCGUUUGAAGAACCGCCGCAAUGCUAUUGCCACCCGACGAGAGAAUGAUGCUUCUCUACAUACGCAAUCCCGAAAUGUCACCGAGAUCUGGCGCGAUGCCAAUGGUCAUGGCCCAGGAAACGGCCAUGGAUCAUCUCACCCUUCUCCGUCUGGUUUCGUCGCUGUCAACACCUAUCGUCCUGAAGUUGAGCACACCGAGGAGAACCCUUUAGCAUCCCAAUUCAUGUUCUCGCAUACCAACACCGAUAAUGUCACCAUGAUCAACGGUCAAUCGAUCAAAGGUGCCUCCCCUACAACCCGUGCAGACCUGAUGAAGAGGUUUUUUACAACGGCUGACCGCCACGCCCGCGGCUAUGACGACGCAACAGCCCCAGUUAACCCUCAACCAGUUCCUCGGCCUCGUGCCUCCGAUCCAGCAGACUACAGUCUCUACAACCCUGCGACGGCAACCCCAGUCGCCAUCCCAAACACCCCAUCCUCCCUCCUCCCGCCGCCGAAAUCAAUCAACCAAGAAAAAGACGACGGGGGCCCCUUCAAGCUAGAAAUGAUAGCCCGUAUGGAAGAGCUCCAGCGCGGCGAGCGCGUAAUCCCACCCUGCGACCGCUGUCGCCGCCUCCAUAUGGACUGCCUCAAGAACCUCACAGCCUGCGUUGGUUGCACAAAGAAACAUGCCAAGUGCUCCUGGCGCGACGUCAAAGAAGACGAAGUCACAGCAAUGCGAGCAGGAAUCACGACAACGAUAUCCCACGAGCGCAUCGACAUCGACCGCUCCAGCUCAAACCUUACCCCACCCCAGUUCGGUAUGGGCCCACUACCCCCGAUCUCCGCCGAGCGUGAGCGUCCCCGGGAACCACCCUUCGAGCCAGAGAUGCAAGCCUACUACUAUCCACAUCAACACCGACGCGAGUCGGCCCCCUCCGCUCCAAACCUGGCUCCUGGAUCUGCAGUUCCGAUGGAACUUCCUUCAAAUAGUAAUUCCCCGCGACGGGCAGUGAGUGAGACGGAGAAUAGUAUCCGACCUCCUAUCCCUACUGGUCGUGUCUUAGAUCGCAUCGAGGAUGAGGAUCCCGAUGCCAAUCAGCGUCUUAGACAGGCUAUCCUGGAUACCGUUGAUCACCACACUCGUGUCGCUGCAGCUGUACAGGAAAGGGAACGUGGCGCAGAGCGCACUGGAGAACACCAAGGUGUAGUUCUUCCUUCUCCGGGCCCGGCUCCGGUUUCCAGUUCAGGUGCUCAUGACCGAGAUCGUGACCGUGACCGUGAGCGAGAGGCUGAUCGUGAUCGUGAUCGGCGUAUGGUACAUGCGUAA